AUGUCCACCGUCUCGUCAUCAGCCUUGAAUCCCCAGGGCCAAGGAGUCCGCCAAUCAGCCCGCCAAACUCGAACAAACCCAUCCCGAACCUCCAAGACUGUCGGCCGUUCUUCCUUUGGCUUUGGGCGUGGCUCGACUGCAGAGAUUCCCUCUACUCCCCCUGUUCCUCAUGGCUUCUACCCUGCCCUUACACACUUUACCGACGCGAUAACUGCUCUCCCACGCGAGUUUCGCCGACAUAAUUCGUUGUUGAAAGAAGUGGACGCUAAGGCGUGGGCACUGGAGGAAAAUUUGUUGCAACUGCUCCAGCUUUCAUCAGUGUCGCAACCGGUUCCUCAUCCCCCCCACCCAGCGCCUAUUGUUGCUGGUGUAUUGCGAGAGGAUGUCAUACCCCAGGAGCUUUCCCAGUCCGAAUCGCCCGACAGCAAAAACCGUCGCCUCCUCUUCGAUCGCGUGCGCCAGAGCCUUUCAGAUCUCAUGAUGACUGCUGAUGAGAAAAACCAUGUCAUUUCCAAUGCAAAUGAGGAAUUGGACCGUCAGGUCGUACGCCUCGAUAAUGUGUACCCGUUCAUUGCGGGUGAGAUCAGCGCAGAGGCUCGUCUGGGUAGUCUGACACACUGGGCAUACUCAAACAAAAAUGCCGUCAAGACGGCAGCCAACGAGCGCCCCCGCCGGGAAGCAGUCUCGCAUAGGCAGGAUUUGUCAAACGCACUCCACGAGGCUGAAGCUGCUAGUCGCAGCGAAGCACGGCGCGAGGCAGUUUUGGCACGGAAGCAGCGUCGAGCAAAUGCUGAUGCAGACUAUGAAGAUUCUCGCGGAGCCCGAAAGACCGCGACGACGAAGUCUCGUGGUGAUAAUGCGGGAGCCGAGCAAAAUGCUACGACCAAGCGUCGAAGAGUAGACAAAGAGCGGCCUCCGGCCAUUGAUAUGGGUACACCGAUGGACCGCACUGCCAGUGGUGCGACCAGCCAGAGAGCUCCAGCCAAGGAUGGAGUAGAGAAAAAACGGUCUCGCGCUCCCAAUGCCGGUACAACUGCAGCUCGCAAGAAGACUAACGUCACUUCCAAUGCCGCUUCGCCUGUUAUGGCCCCCUCUCCUCUUAUCGGGACCUUCAAUGCCCCACGUGGAGCUGGCAGCCCGGGACCAAACCCAACACGCCCUCAAUCCGCUCGAGCACAGCAGAACGCGGGGCAAACCAGCAACUCCCGACAACGACCAACGUCAUCUGCUUCAAAUCGCGUGGGACAACCGGCUACCAAACCCGCCGACCCCAGAUCCACAACCCGCGAUGGGCCCCUCAAAAUCGAAGCGGUCACCGCCGACCCAAGUCGCGACUACGAAGCCGAGGCUGGCAUGCGAACAUCCGCACAAACUGGAGCUAAGCAGGAUGACCUAGACGGACGACCUACCGAUCAACCCCUCGAGACCGAACCGUCCAAGGGCCGAACCUCCAAGACCUCUACACCGUUGAUACCUGCCUUGGCCGAGCCUGCCCAGUCUCGCUCCAGACCCACACGGAGUACAGAUCCUGCGCCGAACAAGCGCAACGCCAAGAAGCCCGCCAUGCCAGCGCCUGCGAUACCAUCGGAUGAGGAGUCGAUCCACGAGGGCGAUGACGAAGACGAAGAAGGCGAGCCGCGGUACUGCUAUUGUAAUGAGAUCAGUUUCGGCGAGAUGGUUGCCUGUGACAAUGACGCCUGUCCGCGCGAAUGGUUCCACUUGUCUUGUGUUGGGUUGACGAAGCCCCCAGGGAAGAAUGUCAAAUGGUUCUGCAACGAGUGUAAGGAGAAUAUGCGACGAGGUCGCAAUGGACGGUAG